UUCGUCAUUGUGCACGGCAAUUUGGAAAGAUGUUCAUCUACACCAACACCGGCAACCCGUUCGGGCUGAAGCUGCUGAUUUGUGCAAAUUUGGCCAAAAUCAACGUGGAGGUUAAGCAUGUUACACUGGGCGAUCCCGCUCUGGGAGACAUGAAGCAUCUUCCCAUACUGCAGCUGGACAGUGGAGUGCAGCUGUUUUCUACGGACGUGGCGGCCAAAUAUCUGCUACCGGGUGAGGAUGUGUCCAAGGUGGUGCAGCGAGACGAAUGGCUUGAAUGGUCCUCGAAGCGGUUGGCACCGGCAUUAACCCACAACAUGGCUAUCGGUUCCCGUGCCGAUCCGAACACUAAACCGAUCCUAAACACGCUGGUAAAAAUGCUGGACGAUUGUCUGAGCGGCAGCACGUUUCUGAUGGGAGAUCAAAUCAGCAGUGCCGAUGUGGCCGUCUGGAGUCUGCUCGCCCCGGACGGUACGCUCAAGGGUGCAGUCAACGUUGACAAUGUGCUUCGCUGGUAUCGUCAAAUUUCCGCCCUGCCCGAGGUUCAGUCCGCACUGAUCGUGUUACCAUUGAAAGAGCUCAGCUUUGCUUCGCUGCAGCACAGCAAUCGGUACGGUGGAUUGCAUCACAUCGUGCUGAAUCCAGAAAUUGCCGAUUUCGAAGGCGAAUUGCUUGCCGAUACGUCCGCCAAUAUUGCCGAAACUGUGCAGCGGGACGAGAUCGAAGCAGCUCGCGCCGCGUUCGGUGAAGUAGACGAUCGGGCCGUGCGCGAUGAGCCGAGAAUCGUACUUCCAAAACCGGGUCAGAAGAACAAUCUCAUCACAUCCGCACUGCCGUACGUGAACAAUGUGCCUCAUCUGGGCAACAUUGUCGGAUGUGUCCUGUCGGCGGACAUUUUCGCUCGCUACUCGCGACUCUGCGGAUAUAACACGCUCUACAUCGGUGGUACGGAUGAGUACGGUACGGCCACGGAAACGAAGGCCCUGGCGGAGGGUCUUACUCCACGACAGAUUUGCGACAAGUACUUCGAUAUCCACAACUCGAUCUACCGAUGGUUUGGGAUCGGGUUCGAUUACUUCGGUCGCACAACGACCACCGAGCAGACACGCAUCGUGCAGGAAAUAUUUAAGGACCUGUACGCCACUGGCUAUAUCGAGACGCGCUCGGUGGAACAGUUGUUGUGCCAGAAGUGUGAUCGCUAUCUGGCGGAUCGGUUUGUGGAGGGAACCUGUCCUCAUCCGGGCUGUGGGUAUGAGGACGCUCGCGGGGAUCAGUGCGAUGGCUGCGGGAAGCUGGUAAACGCGAUCGAGCUGCUCCGGCCACGCUGCAAGAUGUGCAACUCCUCGCCAGUCAUUCGAGACUCGAACCAAUUCUUCCUCGAUCUGCCUAAAAUCGAGCCAAGGUUACGGGAAUGGGUGGAAGGUUCCGAGUCUGGGUGGACGCAUAAUGCGCGCGUAAUUACCCGAGCCUGGUUGAAGGAAGGACUCAAGUCACGAUGCAUUACGCGUGAUCUGAAGUGGGGCAUUCCGGUUCCACUCGAAGGAUACGAGAACAAGGUGUUUUACGUGUGGUUCGAUGCUCCGAUCGGAUACAUUUCCAUUACGAGCCGGUACUGCAAGGAGUGGAAGCAGUGGUGGCAACCGGACACGUCCAAAACCGGCGUGAAGGUUGAUCUGUAUCAGUUCAUGGCAAAGGACAACGUGCCGUUCCAUUCGGUCAUGUUCCCAGCUUCGUUGCUAGCGGCGGACAAGGGCUACACGCUGGUGUCUCACAUCAUGGCGACGGAGUAUCUCAACUACGAGGAUGGCAAGUUUAGCAAGAGCCGAGGCAUUGGCGUGUUUGGUAAUGAUGCUCAGGAUACGGGCAUUCCGGCCGAUGUGUGGCGAUUCUACCUCGCUGCUGCACGGCCGGAAGGUCAGGAUUCGUCCUUCAGCUGGAGUGACCUGCAGGCACGCAACAACAAUGAGCUGCUGAAGAAUUUGGGCAACUUUUUCAACCGAGCGCUCGUGUUUUGUGAGAAAUUCUUUGAUUCCACCGUACCGGCGAUGACGCUGAUCGAGGAGGAUUACACGCUGCUGGCGUUGAUUAAUCGGGAACUGAAGGGAUACGUGAACCAGAUGGAGAAAGCUCGUAUGCGUGACGGAAUUCGGCAUUUGCAGCAAAUUUCACGCUACGGUAAUCAGCUGAUGCAGUCGGAGGAACCGUGGGUAAAGGUGAAGGGCACGGACGAUCAGAAGGCGCGUGCUGGUACGGUGAUUGGACUGUGCUGUAACUUUGCCUGUUUGCUAGCAACGCUUAUGUUCCCGUUCAUGCCCACGACUGCGCGGAAUAUGUAUAGUCAGCUGAACGUUCGUGGUGGAUUCAUUAAUUCAGACAAACCGUUAAUCCGGACGCUUCUACCAACCGGGCAUCGUAUCGGCAAACUGGCCGUGCUGUUUACCAAAAUCGAAGACUCGAGGAUCGAGGAACUGAAACAGAAGUAUGGUGGACAACAACAGCAGGUCGUAAAAGACAAAGCUGCUGCCUCACCGUCUGCCUCAUCCGCGCCACCAACAGGAACGUUCGGUUCACUGAAAGACGCACAAAAGGCGGUCGACGAGCAAGCGGCCAAAGUACGCAAGAUCAAAUCGAGCGGUGCCGAUCGGACUGUAUGGCAGCCGGAGGUUAACAUUUUGCUUGAGCUCAAGAAGCAGCUGCAAUUGCUUAGCCAGCCCCGUACGUCCGAGAGUGCUCCGGUAGCGCCGGGAGAAAAAUUGUCCAACAAUAAUACUGCAACCGCAGCGAAACCUGUGGCGAAUGCUACCACCACCGCUGUUCCGGCCGACAUAAAAGCGCUAGAAGAGGAAAUCGCUCAGCAGGGCAGUAAGGUGCGCAAGCUGAAGGAAUCCAGCACGGAUAAGUCCGUGUGGCAGCCGGAGGUAUCGCUGUUGCUUUCACUGAAGCAAAAACUUGCCAGUCUUACCGGUAUACCAGUGGCUGGUCCUGCUGCGAGCAGCGGAAAAAAGAAGGGUAAAAAGUAAGGAU